UCUCCCUCUGGACUGAGAGGCGGCAUCUGGUAUUUAAACACGACUCGAGGUAGGCGGAGCAACGUUCUCCCUCUCUGUUUCAGAGAGGCCUUAGCUAUGGAGCUGUUCUUCUACCUUCUGUUUGGGUCCCUCUCGGUGGUGGUGGCCGUACUUGAAUUGAGCAAGACGAGCAAAGAUCGAAUUGCCACUACCUCUUCUUUCAAUUCGUUCAAGAACAAUUACCUCGUCGUCUACUCUUUGAUGAUGGCUGGAGACUGGCUUCAGGGGCCGUAUGUUUACUAUCUUUAUAGUCAAUAUGGUUUCGGAAAGGGGGAUAUUGGACGUUUAUUCAUUGCUGGUUUUGGUUCUUCUAUGUUGUUUGGAACGAUUGUUGGAUCCUUGGCUGACAAGCAAGGACGAAAAAGGGCUUGUAUAACCUACUGCGUAACCUACAUCCUUAGUUGUAUCACGAAGCACUCUCCCCAAUACAAAGUUUUGAUGUUGGGGCGUAUAUUAGGAGGGAUUGCUACUUCUCUGCUGUUUUCAGCAUUUGAGUCAUGGCUUGUUGCUGAGCAUUUUAAGAGGGGAUUUGAACCACAGUGGCUCUCAUUGACAUUCUCCAAGGCAAUAUUUCUUGGAAAUGGUCUGGUUGCCAUAAUCUCUGGCUUAUUUGCAAACACACUUGCUGAUACUUUGUCCUUUGGUCCUGUUGCUCCUUUUGAUGCUGCUGCAUGCUUUCUUGCAAUUGGAAUGGCUAUUAUCCUGUCAUCUUGGACUGAAAACUAUGGAGAUCCCUCAGAGAGCAAGGACUUACUUACCCAGUUCAAGGGAGCUGCAGUGGCAAUUGCUUCUGAUGAGAGAAUUGCUUUGCUGGGUGCCAUACAGUCCUUGUUUGAGGGCUCCAUGUACACUUUUGUAUUCCUUUGGACACCUGCCCUAAGUCCAAAUGAAGAAGAAAUUCCUCAUGGUUUCAUUUUUGCUACCUUCAUGUUGUCUUCUAUGUUGGGAAGCUCUAUUGCUUCGAGGCUGAUGGCUCGGGUAUCCUUGAAAGUGGAAGGUUACAUGCAAAUUAUUUUUCUCAUCUCAGCAUCCACAUUCCUGCUUCCAAUUCUCACCACGUUUUUGGUAGCACCUUCAAAUGUAAGAGGUGGAAGCAUGUCGUAUGCUGGUUGUCUUCAGCUCUUUGGAUUCUGUAUAUUUGAGGCAUGUGUCGGCAUAUUUUGGCCAUCUAUUAUGAAAAUGAGGUCUCAAUACAUCCCUGAAGAAGCCAGAAGCACAAUUAUGAACUUUUUCCGCAUUCCUCUCAACAUUUUUGUGUGCAUUGUCCUUUACAAUGUUAAUGCAUUCCCCAUCACUGUCAUGUUCGGUAUGUGUUCAAUUUUCCUCUUCAUGGCAUCAAUACUACAAAGGCGACUCAUGUUUGUUGCAGAGCUUCACAAGCAAAAACCACAAGAUGGUUGGUCAGCAAUUAAAGAAAGGAAUCCAGAACAAGAGCCUCUAAACAUUUGAAGUUACAGCCUGAGGUGGUCAGAUAUAAAAAAAUGUGGCUAUUUGGUCAGAUAAAAAUAUGGCUAUGUUCCUGAAACUGAUAGAUUCAGCAAAUCAUUUCUAGCUUUUUGUUCAGCACCGUUAUUCUAAAGAACGAAAAAAGGAUGCAUGGUUGCAGCAGAAUAAUGACAUUGUCAUGCGGAAACCUGACUGAACCGGAACUCGAAGACUUUCUACAGGCACUUAUGGAGGUUCUGCAACUUGAUAUAUAGAUGAAAAUGUGACGGGUGAACUUAGCUGCACAAGUCUACACAUAGGUGGUUUUGUAAUUUUGAAUUUUGUUGAACAGAGCAAGAUCAGUAUAGGUUUCUCAGCAUUCUACAUUUAAUUCUUUUCUCUGUUCUUUUGUUUAACGUGAAUUUUGUGAGCACACAAGUGAUAUGAUUUUUGUGUAGUGGAUGGGGACAAAAAAUCAACUAUUAUUUUGACUCUACAUUGUAACUAUCCUAUCUUAACUAAGAAAAUAUAUUUGAUUUUCAGUUA